AAAAAAAUUAAGAAAAUCCCAGAGACGAGAGAGAAAAAAGAGAGAGAGGGUUGCCGCCGGUUCGUUAGAUCUGCCUUUCUGGUUGCUCUUCUGGCGCUGGAUAGGACUCUGUCCAUUAGUUUUUUUUCCUCUUUGUAGUCUCGUUUGCUGUCUACUCCCGCUUCUUGUCUUCCUUUCGCGUUGGUUGGGUGCCUCUCGACGGUGGUGGUUCCAAUGUUAUCUUGGCGCGUGAAGUGAAGUUCCGUCCGGUGGUGGUUGUUGGUGAAGGCUCUGGUGCGACGUUGGCAGAUAGCGUCGAUUCUAUGGCCAGAUCUGGCGGAUCUGGGUUGGCGGCUUUGCUUGCUGUUUUGUCUCCGGCGGUUUGUUGGCUUCGGUGAGCAGUGAGGGAUGAAGCUACUCUUUGACGAGCUUCAGCGGUCGGGUUUGGGUUCUUCAGAUCUUACCUCUCAUUCCAGCCACGGCGGUGUCAAGAAGUAAGGAGCGGCGUCGUUUAGUUUUCAGUCCGGCCAAGGUGUGUGCCUCGAAACAUGGCAGAAGUGAUAUAGCUCUUCGAUCUUGCACUGUGAGGUGAUGAUUUGCUAUCCUGUGCUCCAAUUUUAAUCUUUAGAAGAUUAGCAUUCUGGUUAUUAUAUGGUUAGUUCAGAGAAGCAUCUAUUUCGCCAGUUUAGCUACAUGACUCUUGGCCGGGUCAGUCGGAUUUAUUGUCCGUUUUUAGGUUCAAGACCGGAACAAUGAAAGCCUGAGAGACCAAGCUCUUCUGAUAAUGCGCCUUUGGGUGUUGAAGCUAUUGGGACAAAUUCUUCAUAUCGAUCAUGAGGUUCUCAUAGCUGGGAUUUGAUUUUUUCUCAGUUUAGUUUUUGGUCUUCUCUGUGUUAGUAUUUGUUUUCGUGUCAUUAUGAUAAUUUAGGUGGUUUAAGAGAUGACUUCACUCCGAGUUGUGGUUUGUUGUCUAUCUCGCUGUGGUUAAAAAUUGCAAUGGUUCUCGAUUAGGUAGCGUUGGAUCCGCCUAGUGUUCCAGGGUUGUACUUGAUCAACUAUUGCAUUUGGUCCAAGUCUUUAGAGGUGAAAAUUAAUGAGUUAUGAUUUGGUUGUAACUUGUUGGUUAAUGAAAGUUGUUGUUGAGCCAAAAAAAAAAAAUAUACCAAGUGAUUAAACCGAUUUAUUUAACUUUGAUAAGAGAAUUGAACUGCGUUGCUCAUUACAAGAGAAAAAAAAAAGCAAGAAAAGAAAAGAAGAGAGUGUAGUGAGAGAGAGAAAGAGAGGAGAGCAAGUAGAAAGAGCAAAGGUUAAUCUGAAAUUUUCCAACGAGAGAGAUGAUUAGGAGGAACCCUGAAUUUGUUCGGAGCAAAGAAGAAAGCCAAAACGGAACGUUUUUCAAGAUACUUCUGAGUAUAGAUGUUUCUUCAGAAAACAUGCGAGCACUCCCUCAUGAGUUCACGAAAAGCUUCUCCAACAAAGAGCUCUCCGGCCGUAAGAUGAAGAUCAGAGCGCAAUGGGGAAGCUCUUGGGAAGUAGGAGUCUCUAAAAACCCGAGAUUCUACGUCAUGGAGAAGUCCGGAUGGGAGAAGUUUGUGAGUGACAAUGCCUUGGGACACAGUGAGUUUAUUACCUUCACUCACAAAGGGAAGAUGUGGUUUACUGUGAAUAUCUUUAAGCAAGACGGCAAGGAGAUGAUGCAACCUCCAAGUCUUAUCAAAACAGAUCAUGUGGAAGAUGACAAGAAGGAAGAGGUGGUGGUAUCUACAGAGUUGAGUUGACGAACAAGGAAAAGGAAGCUCAACCUUGGAAAGAAGAAAGCUGAGGAAUCCAAAAAUUUCACGAGAACCGAGAAAGUGGUUAGGGUCAGGAGAGAUUCUGGAGGUGCCUCUUCAUCUUCUGUUGCAGAAUUCACCGUCAUCAUCAGAAAAACAUACCUCAAAUGGCUGAAGAUCCCAAAGGAUCAUAGGCAGAAGGCGAAGAAGGCAAUAUUCAUGAUCCAUCACUCAAAUGGGAAGAAGACAUGGGAUGUUGUGGUUUGUUUGGCGGAGGGCUACGCAUUCUUCUCUGGUGGAUGGGCAUAUGUAGUCAAGGAAUAUCCUAUUGCUGUUGAUGAUAUUUGCACAUUCACAUUCAUCAAACCAGACGAGCUGAUUCUUGUUGUCUCAAAACCCUAAGAGAGAGUCUCGCUAAUAAUGAUGGAUGUGAGGGGUGUCUUGGAGAACAAUAUCUUAGUGAGGCAAAAAAGACUUUGUGAUGGUGUUGUCUUAAGUUUUAUGUUAUGACUUUAGUUUGGUUAAGUUGGUGUAUAAACUUUUCUUAUUGUUUGUCGGAUGGAUCCCUCUUUCUCUC